AUGCUUCAACUUCACAUUUUGGUAGUUUUGUUGUCUCUAAUCUUGAUUUACUGCUGGCUGCUGGAUAUCAAAUAUGGUGGUUUUUUAAAUGAAUAUUGCUCGAGAUAUGCCAAAGACACCAGCUGUGACCAUAGCCCAUCCACUUGCGGAGGCACCGACAUCAAUUUAAAGCGCCCUGAUGUUAUUGAAUUCUCUUGUGAAAAUAAUCGCACUGUUCUACCCGUAGUUGAUGGCAUCCAUCCGGAGAAACAGUAUAACUUUUCUGUGGAGCUGAACAGUAUUGAUUAUGAGCAACAGACACUUCGUAUAUUUGAUCCUGGGGUGCAAAAGAACUACUGUUCUACUCUGCCAGUCUACCCAUACCUCGACGACUACUAUCAACCUGCUCUGGGUUAUGAGAUGCGGAUUGUUUCUGAUUCUGAUUGGAUGGUCUUUGUGAGCUGUAAAAAUCCGGUGAAAUACAAAAAUCCUCUUUAUGUAGACACUGCUUCCUGUAAUAUCACUGCAAAUCAUUUUUCAAAAAUGAUAGCUCCACCCGGUUAUUACAGCUAUGUUGUGGUUGGUGAAAGUGUGGUGGCAAGUGAUAUUAAAGAGUCGUGCACUGUCUAUAAAAUACUUCCAGUAGACCUGUGGUGUCUCCCUAAUGUAACUGCAGGAGAUAUUUCGUUUCAAGACAUCCACAAUCUUCUGUCCAAUGGCCUUGAGCUCAGUUGGUACACAGGCUUCGAGACCAGCAGGAGGAGGAGAUCCUUUCUUUGCUAUGUAGUUCUCAAAUCGAUAGAAAUCUACAGAUUCGUCUACCGACAUGUCAUCAGCCCCGACUUAAACAGCGGCUCAUUUGUCGUUGACAGAAAUGCAAUCUUGUUGUUCUCUUCUUCUAUUUCAGUUCUGCUUAUAGCAGCAAUAAAAGUCAUUGGCAUUAUCCUCUUGUUUGCUUUCCUCCUUUAUCGGUGUCGUCGGAGGCAUUUAUCGAGGUAUGAUACAAUAGAAGAUUUCCUACAAGCAAACAACAGCCUCAUGCCCAUUAGGUACUCGUACAAAGAAAUUAAGACAAUGACAAAAAAUUUUGAGGAGAAACUAGGUGAAGGAGGCUAUGGCUUGGUUUACAAAGGCAAAUUGCGCAGUGGAGGUGCAGUUGCUGUCAAGAUGCUGAACAAAUCAAAAGCUAAUGGGCAGGAGUUCAUCAAUGAAGUUGCGACCAUUGGAAGAAUACACCAUGUGAACGUGGUUCGGUUAGUGGGAUUUUGUGUUACUGCCUCAAAACAUGCUCUAGUGUAUGAUUACAUGCCAAAUGGCUCUUUGGAUAAGUUAAUUUUCUCAAACUGUCAAAAUGGUUCUCCAUUAAGUUGGAAGCAAGUUUGUGACAUUGCAAAGGGGGUUGCUCAUGGCAUUGAAUACUUGCAUCAGGGGUGUGAUAUGCAAAUCCUGCAUUUUGAUAUUAAGCCACAUAACAUCUUAUUUGAUGAGAACUUUGUUCCAAAAGUUUCAGACUUUGGACUUGUAAAACUUUACCCGAUGCAAAAGAGUAUUGCAACUCUUACUGCCGUGAGAGGAACAUUAGGUUACAUGGCCCCGGAGUUGUUCUACAAAAAAAUUGGAAGAGUCUCGCACAAGACAGAUGUUUACAGUUAUGGAAUGUUACUAAUGGAGAUGGCUGGGAGGAGGAGAAAUGUGGAUGCUCAUGCCGAGCAUUCAAGUCAAAUAUACUUCCCUUCAUGGAUAUAUGACAAAUUCGAUCAGGUGCAGGAAAUGGAAAUCGGAGAUCAUGCAACUGAAGAAGAAAAGACAAUUACAAGAAAAUUGAUUUUGAUUGCAUUGUGGUGCAUUCAGAUGACACCUGAUGAUCGUCCUUCAAUGAGAGAAGUCUUAGAAAUGCUUGAAGGUGAUGCUAGUGGCCUAAAGUUGCCUCCUAAACCGUUGUUUUACCCUCCGGAUUCACCCAUAUCCAUGCAAAGAAGCAGCGAUAGUAGUUCUUCUAACGAGUCAACGGCGCCCCUAUGUAGCUCUGUUGCUUUAGAAAUAGAGCAGAUGGAUGACUAAGUAGAACUCGUGCUUUCAGUGAAUGCUUUAUCUAGUGGAUUUGUCCUUCAAACUCUUAAAUAUGGAUAGGUUAACUGUUAUUGAUUGCUA